GACCGACUCGGCCUCACCAUUGCUCCCAGCCAGAUUCGCUUAAGGCCUGCAGCGGAGGACGGCUACGCCUGGUCUGCUACCGAGGCCAAUGCGUGGAUGUUGCAAUCAAACUUGAGCAAUGGCACGGUUGGCCUGUAUCGAGCCAUAUGUGAAGCGCUCGGUCAAUCACUCGAGGCUGUUACACCGCAGGUCUUGCAGGAGCCUCGAUCGAGUCGAGGUGCCAGUGCAGGUGAAGAGGCCGGCGAGUUGCUGAUCUACGGGAUGAACAUCCAGCAGGCACACUGCCGCGACCAUGAGAACGAAUCUUUCACAGGAACCAUUCGCCGACUAGAGCGCGAAAGCCGCGACCUGAGUGCUGAGCUUGAUCGUACCCAAGUCCGUCUAGAAGAGGUCUCGAGCGAACGUCGUCAAUGUCAGGCGAAGAUCAGACAUUUCCAGGAAGAGCUGGAGCGCAGCCAAAUUUUGGCGAGCCAGCUGCGAAGCGAACUCGCGGAACUGAGAGCGGGUACUAUGGAAGCCAUGCAGGUGUUGCAGAAACACCAGCACCACGAAAGGGAGGUACCCGGUCCGCACGAGGACGAGCCCUAG